AUGAGCAAGCUCCUGGUCGUCUUCGGCGCCACCGGCCAGCAGGGUGGAUCCAUCAUCGACUUUGUCCUCAACGAUUCCAAUCUCUCCAAGGAAUACUCCAUCCGAGCCAUUACCCGAGACGUCUCACGACCAGCAGCCCAGAGUCUGCAGAAGCGAGGAGUUGAGGUAGUCGCUGGAGACGUGGAUCAGCCCAGCUCGCUUCCCGUUGCCCUGUCAAAUGCCCACACCAUUUUCCUCGCCACGACCUCUACAUAUGAUGAUCACUUAAAAUCUCGAGAGUUUGCUCAAGGAAAGGCGGUGGCGGACACGGCUAUCGCAGUCGGGGCACAAUAUCUAAUCUUCAGCACCUGCGUAGCCACGGAGCGACUCUGGGGCCGCAUCGUCCCGGGCUUCGACUCCAAGGCCGAGGUCGAAGAAUACAUUCGCUCCCUUCCAAUCCAGAGUGCCUUUUUUGCCCCGGCAAUGUUUAUGCAAAACUUCCUCACCAGCCAGGGCCCCCGUCGAAUCCCCAGCCCAGAGGGCGAGGAACCUAUCUACGCUAUUGCCAACUUCGUUGCGCCUGAUGCCCGUCUUCCGAUGAUUGAAACGGUUGCUGACAGCGGAAAGUACGUGGGGGCCAUUCUAGCCAACCCAGGCAAAUAUGCAGGGGCUCUUUUCUGUGCUGCAACUGGCUUUUGGUCCUUCAAGCAGGCCGCCGAAAUCAUCACUCGUGUUACAGGCAAGAAAACCAUCUAUGUGCAAAUGCCAGAGGAGCAAUGGGCAAGCUAUCUUCCACCAGGCUCCUCAGGCCCCCUGAUAGCAAUGAUGCGGUGGAUUGAGAAACCAGGGUAUUUUGGACCCCAGAGCACAGAGAAAGUUGAAUGGACUGUCCAACAGAUGCCAUCAAAACUGACCACGCUCGAGGAAUUUGUUGAGAAACACGCCGAAGAGCUAUUUCGACAAUGA